UUCUGUUACCUAGAUGAAGCUCCUGUAGAAUGUGCGAUACAUUUUCCAUUGUUCUUCAUUUUCUUGUACACUAGAAGUCUCCUUACUAAAGCCCACUAAAGACUGUUCCACCCCAGAUCAUUUCACAAAGCCAGUGGGUCCUGAUACCAUUGAGAAGAACUGAACAGAAUUUGCAAAAAUGGCAGUAAAUGUCAUACAGAGUGUAUUUGUUAGGUUUAUCUGUUUAUUGCUGUUAUUGUUUGAUAUUUCAGAAAUCUCAGUUUGGAGUAAAUUUCCUUGUUGCAAGAACUGCGCUCAUUUAAAAGGUGGCCUCCUUCAAAAGGGUCACGAAAGGCUGUGUCUGUCGAUGAGCGUAGAUGAAGUGUGGUUUCAGUUUACCGGAGAUUGUUUUUGUGCUUAUUGUCAUAGGAAACUUUAGAGAAAGAUAUGGCGUUCGAAUCAGUCCUUAAGCACAAUCAGUCUCUAGGUAGACCGAAAGGAAGAACAUUUUAGAUGAGGGCAAAUCCACGGAAAUGUGAGUGUGCAAGAUGGGGACCAGGAGUGUCUUGGCGGAAGACGACACUACAGUAGAAGAGCAGGAUUUUCUGAAGAUGGCCAGAGAUGAUGUUUGGAAACUAAUAUGACCGCUUUACUGAGAACUCUCAGUGAUUUCAUUUAAAAAACAAAAUAACAGUUAAAAAAAAAAAGUCAUAAACGUAUUUUCCCUGAAGAAAAAUUGAAGCUAUCAGUCCCUAACUGUUCGACUCAGUGGUGUCUGUCUAAUCCUACUCCCAGAGAGACAGGUUUUCUAUGUUUUCUUUUGCUAGCCUCUUUAGGGUGGAGACAGAACUUCGUUAACUGAAACUGUAAAGAGGGAAGAGGAGGGUCCGGGUACAUCUCUGCAGCUGGCCUUGUGUGAUUACCGUCUGAAGAAGUGCUAAGUGUAGAAUGGAUAGCAAGAGUGCUGCAGAUCCUUUUUAAUCAUGGAAGGCUCGCUUCACAAGUGGUUCCGGGUCCUUUUUUGACAGUCAGUGUACUACAUACAUCAUCACUUCUCUGAAUUGGAUGAUUCGUCACUUCCCUUAGGAACCCUGUCUCCACCCCCUGUGACUGUCCCAAGUAAUCUGCCCUUCUAUUAACUACUUUGUUCUUUGUCUCGAAGUUACAGGAAGAGAGAUUGAAGGAGGUUGAGAAAGCAAAUGUUCUGGGUGUGAGAUGAAGCCUGGGCUGGGUUGCAUGGAGGGGGCAGUGACAGAAAAGCAGGAGAACAGAUUGCUAAAGGGACUAGGAAAGCCAAGGAGAAAAGGAUGGUUAUGUGUGAGAAGCCAUCGGCAGGAAGGUGCCCAGAUACAGGUACUCAAGUAGAAUUUUGGUUUGUCCCCUUUGUUAAGCCUGGAGAAUGCUCCAGUAGGAAGGACUGUGUGCAACAGACCUUACUAUGCACAGGCAUAGCGUGAAGAAGAGGGACAACUCCGUGUCUGUGGCUCGGGGUGCAGAGCUGGAAACUCAUCUGGGCGUCAGCUGUGGGCUACUGCUUCAACUUAGCUAACUGAGUAAAUGCUAAGAAGGGAGAAAGAGUUGAGGGAGCCCUGGAGACCAAGGAUGCUAAAUAAAGGAAUGUGUUUUUCUGUUGACAAAUCAUGACAGACAAAUAAGAGCCUUAAAGUUGAUAAAAUGUGUUCUUUCUUAACGGAAUACUGGGGAGUCACAAUGCCUUUAUCAUCUGUUCUCUCUUAAAGGGAUUCCUUGUCUACUGUGAGUCCAGCAUCUGUUGGUAGAGCGCUAACUAGUUAUGAAGUUUAAAACCACUGCAGUUUUACAGUAUGUAAAUGAAGAUCAGGAGCAGAUUUGAAGAAAUGCAAAGUGAAUUGGUACCAGUCAACAUGUCAGAGACAGAGCACAUGGCCUCCAUUUCUUCUGAUGCAAAUACUGGGAAAACACCUGAGUUAAAAGAAGACUUGUGCAACCCAUUUUCUGGUGAUGAAAGCAGCAAAUUAGAAACCGAAUCUGAACUAUUGUCAUUGAACUCGGACAAAAUUUUAUGUCAACCUAAUGACCACAGUUGUCAAAUUGAACAAGAAAACCUUAUUCCAGACUGUGGUGGUGGUGAGAAUUCUUGUGUUAAAACAGACCCGUGCUCAGAAAACUCUGAACAAAUAGAUGACUUUCCUGCUGGGGAUUUUGCAAAACAAGUGUCCAAAACAAGUGACCCAGAACAGACGGUGACACAGAUACUGGCAGAGUUGAGGUCCUCUGCAUCUACAGAAGCCAGUGACCCAAAGACGUCCUCAGCAAGCCUCUACGACACAGACUGCACCAGGAAACUCUUUUCUCAGAUAAAGACUGUCUCAACAUCAGAUGAUUUGUUGGGAGAAAUCGAAUCUGAGCUCUUGUCUGCAGAGUUUGCAGAGGAACACCAAGUACCGAAUGGAGUGAAUAAAGGCGAGCACGCCUUAGCCCUGUUUGAGAAGUGUAUGCAUGGCAAGUACUUGCAGCAGGAGCUCACGAUUAAGAAGUUAAUUAAAGAAAAUAAGAAUCAUCAGGAACUCAUCUUAAAUAUUUGCUCAGAAAAAGACAAUUUAAGAGAAGAACUGAAAAAAAGAACAGAAACAGAGAAGCAGCAUAUGAACACAAUUAAACAGUUAGAAUUAAGAAUAGAGGAACUGAACAAAGAAGUUAAAGCUUCUCAAGAUCAGCUAGUUGCACAGGAUGUCACAGCUAAAAAUGCAAUUCAGCAAAUCCACAAAGAGAUGACCCAGAGGAUGGACCAGGCCAAUAAGAAAUGUGAAGAGGCCCGUCAAGAAAAGGAAGCGAUGGUAAUGAAGUAUGUGAGAGGUGAGAAGGAGUCUCUAGACCUUCGCAAAGAAAAAGAAACACUUGAGAGAAAACUUAGAGAUGCAAAUAAGGAGUUGGAGAAAAACACUAACAAAGUUAAGCAGCUUUCUCAGGAGAAAGGGCGGCUGCAGCAGCUCUAUGAAUCGAAGGAAGGUGAAACGUCUAGACUCAUGAGAGAAACAGACAAGUUAAAGGAGGAGAUCAGCUCGUGCGUCAUUAAAGUCAAGUGGGCACAGAACAAGCUAAAGGCCGAGAUGGACUCACACAAGGAAACCAAAGAUAAACUCAAAGAAACAACGUCAAAAUUAACACAGGCAAAGGAAGAAGCUGAUCAGAUCCGGCAAAACUGUCAAGAUAUGAUAAAAACAUAUCAGGAAUCAGAAGAAAUUAAGUCAAAUGAGCUUGAUGCAAAACUCAGAGUCACAAAAGGAGAACUUGAAAAACAGAUGCAAGAGAAGUCUGACCAGCUAGAGAUGCAUCAUGCCAAAAUAAAGGAACUGGAAGAUCUGAAGAGGACAUUUAAGGAGGGUAUGGAUGAGCUCCGGACACUGAGAACAAAGGCAAAAUGUCUAGAAGAUGAACGCUUAAGAACUGAAGACGAAUUAUCAAAAUACAGGGAAAUUAUUAAUCGUCAGAAAGCUGAAAUUCAAAAUUUACUGGACAAAGUGAAAAUGACAGAUCAGAUCCAGGAGGAGCUUCAGAGUGGUAAACAAGAAAUUGAACAUUUGAAGGAAGAAAUGGAAAGCCUUAAUUCUUUGAUUAAUGACCUACAGAAAGACAUCGAAGGCAGCAGGAAAAGGGAGUCUGAGCUCCUGCUGUUCACGGAGAAGCUCACUAGUAAGAACGCACAGCUGCAGUCUGAGUCCUGCUCUCUGCAGUCACAAGUGGACAGCCUCUCCUGCAGUGAAAGUCAGCUGCAAAGCCAGUGUGAGCACGUGACACAGACCAACGCUCACUUGGAGAGCAGAUUGCUCAGAGAGGAGGAACUGCGAAAAGAGGAGGUCCAGAGCCUGCAGGCCGAGCUCUCUGCUAUGCAGACAGAAGUUAAAGCCCUGAGCACCCAAGUGGAAGAACUGAAAGAUGAGUUAGUAACACAGAGGCGCAAACAUGCCUCCAAUGUCAAGGAUCUUAGCAAACAGCUUCAGCAAGCACGGAGAAAAUUAGACCAGACUGAGAAUGGGAACUACGAUAAAGAAGUUAGCAGCAUGGGAAGCCGUUCUAGUUCAUCAGGGUCACUUAAUGCUCGCAGCAGUGCUGAAGACCGAUCUCCAGAGAAUACCAGCUCCUCGGUGGCUGUGGACAACUUCCCGGAAGUGGACAAGGCCAUGCUGAUUGAGAGGAUAGUGAGGCUGCAGAAAGCGCAUGCCCGGAAGAAUGAGAAGAUAGAGUUCAUGGAGGACCACAUCAAGCAACUGGUAGAAGAGAUAAGAAAGAAAACCAAAAUAAUUCAGAGUUACAUUUUACGAGAAGAAUCAGGCACACUUUCUUCAGAAGCAUCUGAUUUUAACAAAGUGCAUUUGAGUAGACGCGGUGGCAUCAUGGCGUCCUUAUACACAUCCCAUCCCGCUGACAGUGGGCUAACACUGGAGCUCUCUUUGGAAAUCAACCGAAAAUUACAGGCUGUUUUGGAAGAUACAUUGCUAAAAAAUAUUACUUUGAAGGAAAACCUGCAAACACUUGGAACAGAAAUAGAACGCCUUAUUAAACACCAGCAUGAAUUGGAGCAGAGGACGAAGAAAACCUAACAAAAAACUCUUGCCCAGUAGACAGACAAGAGCCGCAGACCAGCAGGUGCCACUGUCCAGUGUUCUGAAACAGCCCUUGCUUUGUGUCAACUAAUCAAAAGUUCAUUUUACUUCCCUGUGUAGAAGUGCCCUUUCAUGAAUGCAUUGGUGUGUGUGCCGUACUGUGAGCUCAAUGAAGUCCGCUUCUAUGUGGUGCAGUUCAACCACCUUGUCACUGACUCAACAUCUAAUUUACUUCUUGCCCUAAAGUGCUAAACAUUAGUACAAGGGUUUUUAAAAAACAAAACAAAAAACUUUGCCAUAGUUCUUCCGUUAGUGAGUUCAGCCUUUGAAAAGUAUUCAUGAAAACACAGGUGUUCUCCAUCCGUUAUUUCUACAGCACACAAAGACACCUAGAGAAAUCAUGAAGUUUUCAGUUUUGAUCUGGGCAUGGUGAUCACCCUAUAGUUCUAGCUACUUCGAAGGCUAAGGAGGAUCUGGAGCUCAUGAGUCCAAAGCCAGCCAGGGCAGCAUCUCACAACCCCAUCACAAUUAGCUGGAAUCACAGAGUAGCCUUGUGUUGUGCUGCAAGGAUGUAUAUGAAUACUUAAUUCUGAUUUUAAUGACAACUAGACAGGAAAACUGGCUGCUGGUAACUAGCAGUGACCAGGUACUAUUUGUGUCUGUCAGGUUUCCUUAUUUGUCAUAGCUACGUUUUCACAUUUGAGUUGUUUGAGUUACUAGUUGUGUUUUUUUACAUCUUCAGUUACUUAAACUAAGAUUUUAAGCAAUGUGUGUACUUAAAAUUUCCCUGUGGACUUAUUAUAUUUUAAAAUGUGAAAUGAAUCUAAGCAUUAGAACAGAUGAAUGAA